AUGCGGAGAGAACUCAGCAUUGGGUCCGAGAAGGGGAGCGAGGAGAAAGCUCCUGCCGAGGGUUCGGGCCGCGCGCCGGAUGACCCGCCGUCGCGGCAGGCCUCCGGCGACGUGUCGCUGGACGUGGAACUGGAGAUGGAGGAGCUGCGCGGCGGCGACGGUUCGAGAAUGCUGAGAGACCCCAGCAUUGGGUCCGAGAAGGGGAGCGAGGAAAAAGCUCCUGCCGAGGGUUCGGGCCGCGCGCUGGAUGACCGGCCGUCGCCGCUGAUCGGGCGGUCCCUACACCAGCAGUGGACCUCCCGCGACUUGUCGCUGGACGUGGAACUGGAGAUUGAGGAGCUACACGGCAGCGACGGUUCGCCGCCGGCGCCACGGCCGCAGAGGCAGAGCCUGGACGGCUCGAGAGUGUCCUGCCAGCCGCCCAUCUCGACAGAGGCUGGGCCAGGUGUGCCGCAGAGGCGGCAAGAAGGUUCGCCGAGCAGUGGGGGAGAUGGAAACUCUCUAGGCAACAGAGAAGAGGAGGUCAUUAAAAGGACGUCGAGCGCGACUUCCCAUCGAUCAUACCUGCUCUGCUCAAAAUCCCGGUCGCGGCUGAUGGACCCGCCGGAGGAGCCCCAACAGAGAUCGGGUCACAUUCCGCGGUCUGGAAUGUUGGGGAGGGCAGGGGAUGAGGACGAGGACGAGGACGACAUCUUCUUGGAAGAAGACCUACCAGAGGAGCUCAGGAAAACCCCGUUCGGUGCCAUGGCUCUGUUACAGUGGGUGAGUUUGGUCUUGAUCGUUGGUGCUUUAGUUUGUACUCUUGCGAUUCCUGCAUCGAAGCAUAAGGAUUUGUGGAAGGUCAAACUGUGGAAGUGGGAGGUCCUGGUCCUGGUCUUGAUUUGUGGGAGGUUGGUCUCUGGGUGGAUGAUUCGAUUAGUUGUGUUCUUCAUGGAGAGGAACUUUCUGCUGCGAAAACGGGUUCUGUAUUUCGUCUACGGCCUUCGAAACGCAGUGCAGAAUUGCCUGUGGUUGGGAUUGGUCUCGAUUGCUUGGCGUGCUCUGUUCGACAAUAACAGUGACGGGUUGAGGUACGUCACCGAGGUGCUGCUGUGCUGUUUGGUGGGGGCUCUACUGUGGUUGAUCAUGACACUGAUCAUCAAGGUGCUGGCAUCGUUGUUCCAUGUGAGGACCUACUUUGAACGGAUCCAGAAGUCUCUGUUCAAUCAGUACGUGAUCGAGAAGUUGUCAGGUCCGCCUGUGAUUGAAAUUCGGAGGAGACAGGAAGAGGAGAACAUUGCAGGUGAUCUUCAGACUUUACAGGAAGCAAGCGUGACGGUGCCGCCAGAAUUAAGGGCGGCGGCUUUUCCAACUGAAAGUGGUAUGGUAGUUGGGAGCGGAGGGCUUCAGAGAAGUCCCCGAGUGAAGAACACGAAGCUCUCUCAAAGGCUGUCGGGAAACAGCGAGGGAGGGAUCACAAUAGAGCACUUGUACAAUCUGAAUCCCAAGAAUGUGUCUGCCUGGAAUAUGAAAAGAUUGAUUAAUAUGGUGCGGCAUGGAUUUCACUCCACAUUGGAUGAGCGGAUACAGGAUUCUACUGAAGAGGAUGAGUCGGCAACAAUGAUCAGGAGUGAAAACGAAGCCAAAGCUGCAGCUAGGAAGAUCUUUCGAAAUGUGGCUAAGCCUAAUUCAAAGUUUAUCUACUUGGAAGAUCUGAAGCGGUUCAUGAAGGACGAUGAAGCCUUGAAUAUGAUGAGUCUCUUCGAAGGAGCCGAUGAAUGCAAGAGAAUCAGCAAGUCGUGCCUGAAGAACUGGCUGGUCAAUGCUUUCAGGGGGAGGAGAGCACUUGCCUUGACCUUAAAUGACACCAAGACUGCAGUCAACAAGCUGCGUCACGUGGUCAACGUCAUAGUCGGUAUCGUCAUAUUGAUCAUCUGGGUUUUCAUCCUGGGAGAACCAACAAUGGAGUCCCUGUUCUUUCUCGGUUCUCAGCUCGUCCCCUUGGCAUUUCUUUUCGGGUACACCUGCAAGACCAUAUUUGAGGCGACUCUCUUCUUGUUCGUGAAGCAUCCGUAUGGUGUGGGCGACAGGUGCAAGAUCGAUGGAGUCGAGAUGGUUGUGGAAGAGAUAAACAUCCUGACGACCGUGUUUCUGAGGGAUGACGUUCAAAAGAUUGUAUAUCCAAACAGCACUCUUGCAAUAAAGGACAUCCACAACUAUUAUCGGAGCCCUGACAUGGGAGACGAGGUCAAAUUCUGUGUGCACAUAUCUACCCCUGCAGAGAAGAUUGCUGCCAUGAAGCACAGGAUAACCGGUUACAUCGACAGUAAGAAAGAGCACUGGCAUUCCUCGCUGACGCUAAUCAUAAUGAAGGAUAUAGAAGAGCUGAACAGCGUGAGGAUUGUCGUGUGGCUGUACCACACUAUGAAUCACCAGGACAUGGACGAGAGGUUUAUGAGGCGAUCCCUCUUGGUUGAGGAGAUGGUCAAGAUGUUAAGAGAGCUUGACAUCCAAUACCGCCUGCUACCGCUUGACAUCAACGUCCGGGCAAUGCCUGCCUCGAGCUCCAGGGUUCCUCCAGCAUGGGAAAACGCUGGCUGA